GAUGCCAUUGAGGCCAUCGCAGAAAGUGCUUUUAAAACCUCCCUCUACCCCGUCAUCCUGUCCUUCGAGAACCACGUGGACUCGCCCAAGCAGCAGGCGAAGAUGGCCGAGUACUGCCGCACCGUAUUUGGAGACAGGCUGCUGACAGAGCCGCUGGAGAAAUACCCCCUGAAGCCCGGAGUCCCUCUGCCAAGCCCCAAGGACCUCCUAGGGAAAAUCUUGAUUAAGAACAAAAAGAAACCGGCUGUGUCUGGGAAGAGGCAGAACUCUUUGAAGAAAGGGAAGAAUGUGGAACCGGAAGUCAUGGAGCAGCCAGUGCCAAUGGAUGCUGAAGAUACUGUCUGGGCAGGUGACGUGGCUGAAGAGGAACCAGAGGAAGAGGAUGAACAUCUCGGAAACCUGGAUGAAGAGGAAAUUAAGAAGAUGCAGUCAGACGAGGGCACUGCUGGUUUGGAGGUGACGGCGUACGAGGAAAUGUCCAGCCUCGUUAACUACAUCCAGCCCAUCAAAUUCGACUCCUUUGAAGUCUCUGCCCAGAAGAACCGGAGUUACGUCAUCUCUUCCUUCACGGAGCUGAAGGCUUAUGAUCUACUGACCAAGUUCCCCAUGCAGUUCGUGGAAUACAACAAGCGCCAGAUGAGCCGGAUUUACCCCAAGGGCACCCGGAUGGACUCCUCGAACUACAUGCCCCAGAUGUUCUGGAAUGUCGGCUGUCAGAUGGUGGCACUCAAUUUCCAGACCAUGGAUGUCCCCAUGCAGCAGAACAUGGCUCUCUUCGAGUUCAACGGCCAGUGUGGCUACCUGCUCAAGCACGAGUUCAUGCGGCGUCCGGACAAGCAGUUUGACCCCUUCUCUGUGGACCGCAUUGACGUGGUGGUGGCCAGUACCCUGUCUGUCACGAUCCUCUCCGGUCAGUUCCUCUCGGACCGCAGUGUGAAGACCUAUGUGGAAGUGGAGCUGUUCGGGUUGCCAAGGGACACGAAACGCAAAUACAGAACCAAACUGACCUCCACUGCCAAUUCCAUUAACCCUGUGUGGAAGGAGGAGGCUUUUGUCUUUGAAAAGAUCGUGAUGCCUGAGCUGGCAUCUCUCAAAAUCGUGGCCUGGGAGGAAGGAGGGAAGUUCAUUGGUCAUCGUGUCAUUCCCAUUAUCGCAGUGCACUCGGGCUAUCACCACGUUUGUCUCCGCAGCGAGAGUAACAUGCCGCUCACCAUGCCUUCCCUCUUCGUGUACCUGGAAAUCAAGGACUACGUUCCCGACGCUUGGGCAGAUCUGACUAUUGCUCUCUCCAACCCCAUUAAGUUCUUCAGUCUGCAAGACAAGAAAUCAGUUAAGCUGAAAGAUGGCUCUGUGGAGAGGCUCGGCACACAGCGGAACUUCCCGUCAGCUGAAACGAACGGGAUGCCAGGCUCCGCGGGGAGGUUCAGCUCUCCUCUUUGUAAUGGGCCUGCAGGGGCGGCGGCGUUCGCCAAGGACGAAAGCGUGAUCGCAGCGGCGCAGAUGGCAGAGCCGCAGACGGCCAGCCUCGCAGAACUGCAGCAGACGAAGCUCUUCCUGAAGCUGCUGAAGAAGCAGGAGAAGGAACUGCGGGAGCUGGAGCGGAAGGGAAGUAAGCGGCGGGAGGAUCUGCUGCGGAAAUACUCCGGGCUCUUUCUGGAGCCCGUCUGCUACGGAGGCAAGAAAGGGAUGAAAUGCAGCAGGAAAACCCAGAAGAGGACUUCGGCCAUGGGGGACGUCAGGACAUGCCCAAAUCCCACAGAAAGGGCAGGAGGCAUGGACAGCCGAGCUGCAGAGCUGAGGGAGAGGCUGGAGACAGCCCUCAUGCACCUGGGGGAGGAACACUACGAUGGGAUCCGGAGGAAGAAGGAGCAGCACGCCACGGAGCAGGUGGCCAGGAUGGCGGAGCUGGCCCGGGAGCAGCAGACAGUGGAGCUGCGCAGGCUGAAGGAGUCCGCUGAAAACGCUGUCAGAGACAUCAAGAGGAAGCUGGAGGCCAAGCGCCUGGACCGCAUCCAGGCCAUGCUGAGGAGCACCAGCGACAAGGCUGCCCACCAGCGGUUGAAGAACGAAAUCAAUAACUCGCACAUCCAGGAAGUGGUGCAAACCAUCAAACUGGUGACAGAGAAGACAGCCAGGUGGCAGCAGAAGCUGGAAGAGCAGCAGGCAGACAGUCUGAGGACCAUCAUGGAGAAGGAAGCUCAGCUCCAGCAGGAGGCACUGGCCGAGUACGAGGAGAAGCUGAGAUGUCUGAGCGUGGAGGUGCAGGAGUUGGUGAGGAGCUACGCAACAGCUGGCUUUCCUGGAGAGCCGGAGACGCCAAAGGAAGCAGUUUGCAGGGUUCCUGAGGGACAACAAGGCUCGAGGGAACAACUGGAAGACAAGGAGAUCCCAGUGGCAGGGGUGUCAAGCCUUACAAUAGCCGGGCCUGAGCCCCCAGGAGCUGCAACAGAGGUGGAGAUGGAAGAGAGCAUCUUCUGA